AUGGUAAUCUACGCUAUCAACAUAUCAAUAAUAGAUCUGAUCACACAGAAAGACAUCAAGAACUUUGAAGAACAACUCAAGGGAGUUGUCUUGGACAGAGAUAGACUGAGACUGGUUAAGACCAUUGCCAAUUCAUUCACAUUCACCUCUGAGAAUGUCAAGAAGCUUGUUCAAAUCCAGCAUUAUGGUGAACCAAAGAUUCAAACAGCGAUCCUGAUGUAUCCAAACGUCACCGACAAGCAGAACUAUCAGAUGGUCAUUGAUGAGUUCUAUGAGGAUGAGAAGAAGAUGAUCAAGCAGACACUCAAAAUAUAG